AGCUGGGCUCCCACUGCCGAUCAGAUCAACUCGAUCAAGCCCGAUCAAGCGAUCGGGUACUUGUCUGGGUAGGUCGGCAUGAUUGAUCGGGAGUGGUCGGGGAGGUCUACCUUGGUCGGCAUCGCUCGGGCUUUCUACCCGAAUUUUUUUGACAUGUCAAAAAAAUUCGUGUAGCGAUCGUGUAGCCAAGCGGUCGAGAAGAGCUCGGGAAGCGAUCGUGUAUUGAUCGAGUUGAAGAUCGAGUUAAUCGAGAAACAAUCGUGUAGCGAUCUUGUUUGGUCGGAUUGACAUCUUUUACCCGAUCUGUAACCGAUCUUCUCGACUUCUACUCGAGUAAUAUACGAUCGCAUCCCGAUUAAGUAGAUCUCUGUUCGAUCUCUUGUCCAGAUUAUCAAGACUGCUACCCGACUACUCCACGACCACACACGACCGCACACGAUCAAACCCCGAUCACUGUUCGACCAUACACGAGCUCACGUGACUAAAGCAAGAAAAGCGUGCUGACCAGUGUCUCAUAAGUUGUUUGGACGCUGAAGAUAUAACAUCUUUAGCAAACCAAUAUCUGUUAAAACAUCUUCAGCCAAGCCAUUUCUACUACAAACUAAAGAUGCCGAGAAAAGGCAAAAGGCCGAUAGGCAGUACAAUUGCGAGUAAAUGUGCAGUUGCUGCGCCUCAGCCUGAAAUCGUGGAACCCACCCAGGAAGAGAGUAAUGAGUCGCCUAUACCCCCUACUGACUCUUCUGCCGAGCAAACCAGAAAAGAGCAAGUAGAAGAACGUCCGACUUCUCCUGAGAUAGAGACUGAUAUCAGGCCCCGGAAGACACUACAUCGUACACUCACGCAAGAUGAAGAAGAUGACCUUGUAGCGUGGUUAAGAGAGAACUCGUUCCUCUUCGACAAAUCAUCCGCAGGAUUCAAGUAUAAGGAGAAGAAGAACAGUACAUGGGCCGCGAAAGAGGCAGAGUUGGGCCUCAAACCUGGAGACCUGUCGUCAAUCUGGUACACGAAUAUGAGAACACAGUAUUCGAAACUAAUUAAGCUUACCAACAAAUCUGGAUCUGGUGCUGGAGAGCGCACAGCAAGGCAACAGUGGAUUUUGGACAACUUUGAAUUCCUGCGCCCUUAUCUGGUACAGCUGCGAACUCAGAGGGGAUCCAAAGUAAGUACAUGUAGUAAUAAAAAUCCUGUAUAAAUCAUGUGUAUACACUUAAAAGAAAUAUACGUAAUCAAGCA